AUGGAACCUUUAAAUCCAAAUGAUGAUUCACCUAUUGAAAAAAAUCCUUGUGGACAAGUAAGCAUAACAAAUAUUUUUAUAAUUUAAAGUAAUUAUUAAUAAUAUACAUUUUGAUGUAGGUGAAUAAAUAAUUAUUUAAAUUAUUCAUUUACAUAAUUCUUUAUUUUUAACAUUUAAACAUCUCAUUCAGUCGUUAUAAAUUACAUUAAUAUAUUUAAAAAAACAUAUUUAACAAACUGGUAUUGGCCAACGAACUGUUACAAUGACUUUGUCUGAUUACAAAAGAAAAGGAACUGUGUUAUCUCCGAAUAAAAAAAAAAUUAGACAGACAAUACUCGAAAAAGUUGAUGAUUUCGAUAAAAACACGAUCCCACUUAAAAUUCAUCAGUUUUGGCUUAGAACAGAAAUACUGACUUUAAAUAAAAUUUAAAAGUAGUAAACGAAGAUUCCAGUUUGCCCAUAUUUUCUAAUACGUCUUUUCGAAGAAUUUUGAAAGACCUUAAUUUUGAGUACACGAAGAAAUCUCGCAACAGCGCUUUAAUUGAAAGAGAAGAGUGUUGUGGCGACGAAAAUAUUUGGAGUCAAUAAAUAAGACAUUACCGGCAACAAAAUCGUUCUAUUUAAUUAUUUGGACGAGACUUGGAUGAAUGCUGGAAAGACAACAAACAAAACAUGGGUCGAUCAAACAGUAGCAUCUCACAGAAACGCAUUCCUUAAGGGGCUGACCACUGGACAAAAGAGCUUGUCAGGUAAUGGCAAGAGGCUCAUUGUGGUACAUAUUGGUUCGUCUGAAGGUUUCGUUCCAAGUGGCCUAUUAGUUUUUGAAUCGAAGAAAAAUUCAUCAGAUUACCACGAUGAAAUGAAUGGUUAUACUUUUUUUUAUAAAUAAUACUAUAACAUAAUGUAAUAUAAUAUUAUAUAUACAUUUUAUAUAUUAUUAUAUAAUAUAGUAAUACUUUUUUUUAUUUAAUACGUGAUACUUUUCAUGAUUUUUUCACGAACAUAUUACCUUUAUUAAAAUAUAACGCAGUGAUUGUUAUGGAUAAUGCGUCUUACCAUUCCGUAAAAAAAUAUCCAUGUCCGAUGAUGUCGUGGAAAAAACAAAAUAUUAUUGACUAGUUGCAGGCAAAAGAAGAAAUAAUAGAUCGACCUUUAGUCAAACAACAACUCUUAGAAAGGGUAAAUAAACUAAAACCUCUUUAUGAUCAAUACGUUAUAGACGAAGAAGCCGGAGAAAACAAUAAAAUAAUACUGCGAUUGACCCCGUAUCAUUGCGAGUUCAAUCCAAUUGAGCUCGCGUGGUCCACCGUAAAAAAUUACGUUAAAAUGAAUAACACGACAUACAAACUGACGGACGUGCAAAAAUUGUUGAAUGAGGGUAUUGAACACGUUACACCCAGUAUGUGGAACAAUUUUGUCAACCAUGUCAUAAAAGAGGAAGACAAAUUUUGGGAGGUCGACUUCAUAUCAAAUGAACUUUUGGAGGUGAACUUGUAGAGGAAACGUCACACGUCUUAACCAUUACUGGGUUAACUUCUUCUGAAUCUGAUAGCGAUGAUGACUAUGACGAAUAAAAUAUUGGUAUGUUUUAUAUUGUAUUUAUUGGAUUUAAAUAUUUUUUCAGCCAAUUGUCUUUUUAAUUUUUUUGUUUUAUUUAUCUGAUUAUUAUUAUUAUUAUUAAUGUAUUAUUAUGAUUUUUAUAUUCUUGUUACUUGUAUAAUACCAUUAAAACAAGUAAUUUUUACCGAAAAAAUUCAUAUAUAUUUUUAUUUGACAAACGGCCUUAAUCAUCAUUAUGUAGCAACGGAGAUAGCGUGAUGGCGGCGGCAUUAGUAUAUAGACGUUGAAUAAUUUUCACACGAAUCAUUCUGUAAACACAAUUUCCACAGUUAAUAAAAUCAUCAAAACGAUUAUAAUGAUCGUCUGGUAGGGAAAAAGUAGACUCAAGAUAAGAAAACAGGCCAUUGAUGAUGAACGACGGAGGUGCUGUCUCUCGUGGCGCGGAGUAUAAUAAACCGUCUCCGUGCAUGAUUAUACUACAAAUGAGAUACGAGUGAAAAAACGGGCUUUAUAUAGCGACGAAAGUGUCGAACCCGUGACUAUAUCGACCGUUUUCGCGAUCGCUAUCUUUACUAAUCACAACAAACUCGAAUCUCCCUUUAUACCAACAAGCCGUACAAAAUUGCUUAAUUCGACAUAAGAAUAACGCUAGAGCAAUGAUCGUAAUAUACGUGCUUUAAAUUGGUUUCGUCUUGUUUAAAUAAGAUAAUUAAAUUAUUGUUGUCUGAUGUUUAAUUCGGUGAAGUGGACUGUAUAAACUAUAAUGUAUUAUUACGGUUAGUUAUUAGGUGGGCACUUACGGUGGAAAUUAAGCGAACACGAUCUAUUAUUCUGUAAUGCCGGAAAAAAACGGCGUACUAUUAAAAAUGUAAACGAAAUAUAUACAAGUAACAAAUAUAGGGGGCACAAAAGGUGCUGGCCAGCUAGUGGGUAAAAUGACUUAAGAAUAUAAAUAAAUUAAGUAACAAAACAAAAAUAAAACGUUAUAAAACCGUGGUGGCGACAGCACGCAACCCCGGAACGGUUAACGGUAGACGGNUGCCGGAAAAAACGGCGUACUAUUAAAAAUGUAAACAAAAUAUAUACAAGUAACAAAUAUAGGGGGCACAAAAGGUGCUGACCAGCUAGUGGAUAAAAUGACUUAAGAAUACAAAUAAAUUAAGUAACAAAAAAAAAAAACGUUAUAAAAACCGUGGUGGCGACAGCAAGCAAUCCCGGAACGGUUAACGGUAGACGGUGGUCUGUAUAUGGUUGACGGUUGACGGUGAACGGGAGACGAUGUACGGUACGGUGAACGACGCGCGUCGAACGUAGGUAGUAAAACCGGUCGUAGCUACGUCGGUGGCCUGUGUUUAGCUUAUCGCGCGAACAGCUGGACAGAUGCGACUGAACAUUGUCUCUUAAUUAAUUUUUGGGUAUACUGGAAAACGAUUGCGCCAAGUAGCACACGUCUAUUUUGUCGUGUUGUCCUCGAGAAAAAUUUGAACGUACGAUAUUUUGGUUUUCACUUAUUAUGUCGUUGAAAACAAAUACCGAGUUUGGCAGCGCUUUUUCAGACGAGAUAACUUUAUCACUAUUUUAAAACGUGAAUAAUUUAAUUUCGUCUUUAUUUUUUAAAAUAUCACAUAACAUUCGAUAUUUUGGUUGAUCUAAUGUUUUCGAAUAUAUAUAAAUGUUAUAGAACCGUAUCCCGUUCAUAUUGGUAAGUAACGCAUAAAUCAAAUUGGUUUUACAGUACCCGGUUAGUCCAACGACUAGUAUUAAACAUUUUGGCGGAUCAACGUUAUCAAUUGUAAGUAAUACAUUAUUAUAUUACUUCGUGUUCUAUAAACUUUCGUAUAAAUAUUCGUACAAUGUGAAAAAUCCAAUCAUAACGCAAUGUCACCUGCUCGAAGAUGGAACAAGAAUAAAGGCUGCGGACUCAUCAACACUUUUAUAUAUUACCGAUCGAACUUCAUUUGCCGAGCUACCAAUAUUGCGGAUCGGGUACCGAUUUGAAAAAACGUAUAGCUUGAGGUGACGCGGGUAUAAGCUCGCUGGACUCUGCGCCAUUCUUCAAAAAACAACAAUAUCUCGUUGCUAACAUCUAUUCCCUGCCGAUUGUGAUUAUAAUUGCUGCAGCACUGUGUCCAAAGACGGAUGUGAUGUGACGGACAGAGACGUAAUCGGCACCGGGCUGGUUGUUGGAAAGUCAUUGUUCACCGUAUCAACUCUAAUCCAACCUAGGUAUAUGUCCAACUUCGAGGGCAGCCAGCUUGUCUAUGUGACCUGUGAAUGA